AUGGCCUCGCAGGCGCUCUUCACCGGCCUCGAGCUGAGCAUCUUCGACCACAUCGCCGCCGCGGGCGACGCGGGUGCAGACCUGGAGGCGCUCAAGGAGGCCUGCGGCGUGAAGGCCCCGCGGCUGCAGACGCUGCUGACGUGCCUCGUGUCCGUGAAGUGCCUCAGACUCGGCCCCAGCGGCACGUACACGCUGUCGCCGAACACGGCCCAGUACAUGGUCUCCACCUCGAAGCAUUUCUACGGCGACUACCUGCGGUACCAGAUCGGCCGGCAGUUCUACAGGACCAUGGGGGAGCUGCCGAACGUCAUGGUCUCGGGGGAGGCGCCCAGCUACGCGUCCUGGUUCUCGGACCCGGAGGUGGCCAGGACCUACACCCAGGCCCAGCACAACGGCUCCGUCGCCACCGCGAAGUACCUCGUGAAGAAGAAGCUCCAGCUCGGGGGCAUCACCGACAUGCUCGACGUCGGCGGCGGGUCCGGCGCGUUCUCCUACGUCUUCGUGGGCGCCACGCCCGGGCUCAAGUCCACGGUCCUCGAGCUGCCCGAGGUCUGCCGCACAGGCGAGGGCAUCCGUGCCCAGCAGCCGGAGGACGUCAGGGCCCGCGUCAGCUUCACGGAGCUCGACGCCACCAGCCCCACCUGGCCCGUCAGCGACGCCGCCUUCGACGUGGUCCUCAUGUCCUACAUCUCCGGCUCGGUCCCAGAGCCAGUCAUCGGCGGGCUGUACAGUAACGCGAUGAAGGCGCUGCGGCCCGGAGGGCGCCUCCUGGUCCACGACUUCAUGGUGAACGACAGCCUCGACGGCCCCGCCCUCGGCGCGCUGUGGGGCCUGCAGCACGUCACCGUGAACGCCAAGGGCCUGGGGCUCUGCCCGAGGGAGAUCAUCCUCCGCAUGGGCCAGACGAUGGAAAUGAUCCACGGCAUGACGAAGCUGAUCGUCGCCCACAAGGCGUAG